GUAAAUGAAACCUUGCUAACUUCCAGAUGACAUAAUUUAACAUUAUUCAAAUUACCGUAAUAAAAAGAGCAAAUUGAAAGUGAGCACAAUAUUAGGCUCUAGAUUUGAGAUUGAUGAUAAAUAUGAAAUAUUAGACAAUAGUAUAAUUUAUUGUAUUAUAUGACUAGUUGGUUAAGGAGCAUAUGGUAUAGUUGUAGCAGCUAGAGAUAAUACAUUAGAUGCUGAGGAUAAUUUAGUUGCAAUAAAAAAGAUUGAAAAAGCUUUCGAACAUAAAAUAUUUACUAAGAGAACUUUAAGAGAAUUGCGUCUACUAAGAUUAUUAUAACAUGAAAAUGUAUAUAUCAAUUAUAUUUAGAUUAUUGGAAUCAAUACAAUACUACUUCCAAAAUCAAGAGAAGAAUUCGAAGAUAUGUAUAAAUUAAAAUGAUUUAGUUACGUUGUUCAAGAAUUGAUGGAAACAGAUUUAGCUUAGAUCAUUAAGUCAGAUUAAAAUCUAGCAGAUGAACAUUGUUAAUUUUUCCUUUAUUAAUUAUUAAGAGGUCUUAAAUAUAUACAUUCUGCAAAUGUGGUUCAUAGAGAUUUAAAACCACGUAAUUUAUUAGUUAACAGUAAUUGCGAUCUAAAGAUUUGUGAUUUUGGUCUGGCAAGAGCUUUAAUACCUGAUUUAAAAGUAAAAUUUACAAAUGAUAUUAACUCUAGGCAAAAGCAGGUGUAUUAACUGAUUAUGUUGCUACUAGAUGGUAUAGAGCUCCAGAAUUACUAUUAUCAUGGAGAAAUUAUACAUAAAGUGUAGAUGUUUGGUCUGUUGGUUGUAUUUUUGCAGAAUUGUUAAGACGAAAACCUUUCUUACCUGGAAUGGAUACAAAGAAUCAAAUAGAAUUGACAUUUGAAGUAAUUGGUACUCCAUCUGAAUAAGAAUUGAAUAUGAUUCCUAAAGAAAAAUAUAGAACUAUUGCAAAAGGACUUCCUAAAAGACCAGGAAAGGAUUUUAAUAAAUUAUUUCCUAAUGCUUCUAAUCUUGCUAUUGAUUUAUUGAAAAGCUUACUUACUUUUGAUGCUAAAAAAAGAAUAACUGUUGAGGAUGCUUUAAAACAUCCUUAUUUAUCUGCUUUACAUUGUCCUGAUGAUGAAGUAUAUGAUAUAUAUUAUAAUACCAGCCUAUUGCAGUACCAGUAUAAAGGAUAGAUUUCGAAUUCGAAGAGUAUAAUAUGACACUUCAAUAACUUAAAGGUAUUAUAUUAAAAUAAAAUAGAUUGUAUUUAUGAGGAAAUAUUGGUAUAUCACUUUAAAGAUUUUAAAGAUGAAUAUGAAACUAAAAAGCGAAAUUCAUCAUCCAUAAUAAACCAUAUAAUAAAAAAUGAAAACUCAAAAAUAAUAGAUCCAGAUGCUGAUGAUGAUGACAACGAUUCUGAUGAAGAACCUAUUUGAU